AACAUUUAUUAGAGUAAUAACAGCAGCUACAAACUCGUUUCUGUAUAAACAUACUAUUUGUAUUAACAAAAUGUUCGAGAUUAGUGACACACAGAAGAUCGGCGUUGGUUUGGCCGGGUUCGGAGUGGCCUUUCUGUUCCUCGGUGUCCUUCUCCUCUUCGACAAAGGACUAUUAGCUAUCGGGAAUAUUCUCUUCAUCUGCGGAUUGGCGUGUGUGAUCGGACUCGAGCGAACCUUCCGGUUCUUCUUCCAGAAACACAAAGUCAAGGCGUCGAUCGCCUUUUUCGGUGGCAUAAUGAUUGUCUUGCUAGGGUACCCGUUGAUCGGUAUGCUGAUCGAAACGUACGGCUUUAUUCUGCUGUUUAGCGGAUUCUUUCCGGUGGCCAUCAAUUUCCUGCGAAGGGUACCGGUGUUAGGCCGAUUCCUCAAUAUGCCGGGAGUUAGUAAGAUCGUGGACCGACUGGCAGGAGAUUCGAAUCGAACUACGAAUACUUACUAAUGAAGAUCCAACGAUGCAUGGCUGGAAGAGCAUCCCACGCUCAGGCUGUCGGUGGCUGCGGAUAGUUUGGUAAAGGAAAAAAUGCAACUGCCCUGGCUAAAUCACCCAAUUGGGUUAUUAAAUGAAGAAUAAAAUUCUAU